UGCUAGCAACUCAGUGAGCUAGCUCAUGUUAUAUGUUCACACAGGUUCCGUUUAUGCCAAGAAACAGUUAAUUAUGAGAGGAGUUCGCCGCCGCUAUUAGUCUGUUACCAUUUAAUGCCAAAGAGGAUUGACGGACUUGAGAAAACAAUGAUAAGUCAACCCUGGUGACAACAAACAGUGAAGCUACAAUUAAACAGCCGAUUGCCUUUCUCGUUAGCGUCCUGAGAAGGAAAGCUCUGAGAUUUUGCUAGGCCUGGAUGCGGAAGGAGGAUAUGGGGCAAGCUGGACAGCUAAUGCUAACUGUAUGCUAUGCUGGGAUCCAGAAUCGGAAAGCAAGUCACUAUGAAUGUUUUUUCAUAUGUUCAGUGGGAUACCAAUGUGCCAAAAAGUCACACUCCUGAUUACCCACCAAGGAUUAGGCAAGAGGAUAACCUUGUCUGUGCAGGAAGGGUACACAUACUGGCACAGGAAUAUGCAAGGAUUCUCAACCUCAACUUAAAUACAUAGAUAUCCACAACGCAAAACUGUUUUCCUUAAUGAAACAGUCUUGGUCAUUAUGCCAUCCCCAAUGGAACUGCCAUCGUAGACACAAGAUACCGUGGCUCAAACUACCUCACAGUUUUUUGAGCUACAGUCUUGGAGGAAGCAUUGCAGCAUUUGGUUGAACCUAAAGGUGGAGAUGGGCUCCCAAGCUCUUCAGAUAUUGCGGCAAGGGGUGUGGGCUUCACUCACAGGUGGUUGGUAUGUGGACCCCCAUCAGAGCACGUUCUCCAACUGCUUCCACCUCUACCUUUGGAUAUUUCUCCUGGCAUUUCCCUUUCUUUUGUACAUGGCUUUUCCUUCUAGCUUGGUGGUGGCAGGUGUGUACUCUGCUGUGGUGGCAGUCUUUUUCACUGCCGUUAAGGUGGUGAACUACAGACUUCAUGCUAUGUUCGACCUUGGUGAGAUCAUAGAGAAGAAGCAGGCCUCACUUUCAGCUGAUGCCCCCAGGACAGAAGAAGGAGAUGAUGGUUCAGGAGCUCAUGAUGGAAAUCAUCACAGGGAUAGUCAUGUUGGUGUGGAGAUGACAGUGUUUCGGAAGGUUAACUCAACACCCCCUGUGCGCUGUAGCUCCCAGCACUCUCUAUUUGGGUUGAACCAGGUGUCGGAGUUCUUGCCCCAGAUGGAGGAUGCAGGGGGUUCAAAGGAUAUUAAGGAGUUGAUGCGGGAGCAAGGAAGCAAUAAUGUUAUUGUGACGUCAGCCCACCGCGAUAUUCUACGGCAGAGUUCCCAGGACGCCAUAAGGGCUCCCAGUGUGGUCCAGUCCUGCCUUGCUGGUGCACUGAGAGGGGAUUUCCCUGGUCUCACAGGAGUAUCUGGAGUAUCAGCUGGACUUGAAGAGCCUGGAAGCUGCUUGUCUAUCCCCCCUUCACCAUCGAGUCAAGAAGAUGGCGGUGAGAAGGAACCAUUGGAGGAGUCAUCGGAACAGUUGUUUCAUCAGAGUCCUGAGGAUAAUGGGAUGGAAGCUUAUUCUCCACUUGGCCCCUCUGCUGAAUCUGAGAGCCUUGGAGAUACUCCCCUUAGUCCUCUUAUUAAGAGCAGCUUAAGUGAGGAGCUGAGUGAAAAUCUCCUGGGUUUAGGUCUUGACCCAGGGGCAUUUGCACCAGGGACAGAGCACCCAGGCAGCCGCAGUGGGGUAGCACUAGCUGCUGGAUCCACAGACAGUUGUUUCAGUGCAGGUGGAGCUACCACAGACCGUGAGACGCUAAGUACUGUAAGCAGUUACCGUAGUGAAAAAACUGAUUCCACUCAGCUGGAAAGUCCUUCAUUCAGUCAGCUGCAACCUGCAGAUGGACAGAUAUCUGCCUCAGCACCAGCAAUCGGUUCUAAUAUUCUCAACAACACAAAUGAUACAGGACAGGGUGGCAGCGAUACUGACAAUCUGUCAGACAGUGUGUUACUGCGCUCCCCUUCCAAAGAAUUCUCUGUCAGCCAGGGGCUAGACCGGACGCUUGUUGAAGGAGAUGAUUUGUCCCCUAUCCCUUCUGAUAUUGCACAGCCCCCUCCUCUACAGAACUCUUCCCCUUCAAGUAGUGGCCGCUCAGAGGUUUGUGAUUUAGACAGAAAUGUCCCAGUUCCUCCUCUGCCCCCACCUCGGCAGGCCAAUUCAGUGCCUUCGGGGCUGGCCCUGGGUUUAGUGUGUUCUGAGCCUGCUCUGCCCAUAUCCUCUACCCCAUUCUUGUUGUCUGACCAGCCUGUUCUCCAAGCCCAACAGGUUGUACGCCCUAAAGACUUAAAGCUGCUGCGGGCCAGCGGCAGUAGCAUGGGCCACAGGCCAGGCCGAAGGAAAGCUCCGAGAAGGAGGGCAGGAGCAGGCAGUAGUAGUUUUGACUGCGGCUCUUACAGGCGUCACCACAAUCAUAGACAACACAGAGAUUACAUCCCAGUACGCAACCGACUGGGUGCCAAAGCUUACAGUGAAAGUUUGUUUGAGGAUUCCAGCGAUGAGGACGAUGGCAGUGACAUGAGUGCUGGUUCUAGUCUGGGCUCUCAGCGACGAUACAGCUCAGAUGACGAUGAUGACGAUGAUGACUCAAGUUCCUCUACCUCCUGCUACUCUCCAGACCUUGCUAACACUGGCGUUACAUCCCCUCUCUCCACAGCUGCUCAACUGCCCACCCCAAGGGAGGGGGAUUUACCUGAAACUGCUGGCCCCUCUCAUCCUCGUGCUGCUCAGCGCUCCUCUAGCACAGCUAGUGCUAAGACUCAUGCAAGAGUGCUAAGUAUGGAUGGGGCAGGUGGAGGUCAGAGCAAUACAGCAGCUGUGCCAUCUUCUCUUUCAAUGCCCUCAACCUCCACCCCAGCACCCCGAGCUCUUACCAUCUCUAAAUCUGAUCUGGAAGCCCGUACUAUACAUACUGAUGGCUUUACUGGAGCUCAUCAUCAUCGACUUGAUUCUCUUGGAGGAUCUUGGACUGGCAACCAGAUGGGUUGGAGAGCAGAACAAGUUGAAGAAGGAGCUGUGGGCGGAGCCUUAGUUCCAGAGGAUGGAAGCAAACAAGAGUCAGUCAGCAGUGUUAAGAGGACCCAGGCCAUACGUAGAAGACACAAUGCAGGGAGCAACCCUACACCACCUCCAUCAACUAUGGGCUCCCCUCCCAGCCUCCAAGAUCUCCAGCGGGCUCGGACGUCUUCACAUUCACGCACCCGCACACUUCCCUCAGCGUUACAGUUUGCAUCUUCUCUCCUACUUCCCCGCAGUGGCAUCCAUGAGGCUUCUACCUUUGACGACACAUCAGAGGGUGCAGUGCACUAUUUCUAUGAUGAGAGUGGAGUGAAGAGGUCUUACACAUUUGGACCUGCUGGAGGUGGUUAUGAGGAUCCGGUUCAGGAAAGAGAGAGGCAAUCCCAGUCCUCAAGUUUCACCUCCACUGAGGUCCAGGAAGGGGCACCGGUUCUGUCCAUACUCCAGCCUAGACCAGUGGUGUUACAGGGUAUGCAGGUGCGCAGGGUACCUCUGGAAAUGCCUGAGUUUGAUCUUGAUCAUGAAUCAUUGCAAGAGUCCCACGAAAACACACUAAUGAUUGAAGAGAAAGCCAAGCCUAAGCAAUACUAUCGCUUUUGGGUUCUACCUGGAAAGUGGCUGAGGGUCCGAUACGAUCGACUGGCUCUUCUGGCCUUAUUGGACAGGAACCGGCGUGUGGGAGAGAACGUGUUUGCCGUUGUUCUGGCCAGUCUGGUGGCCUUCCUGGGGUUCCUACUGCUGCUCCAGGGCUUUUUCAGGGACAUCUGGGUCUUCCAGUUCUGCCUGGUCAUUGCUAGCUGCCAGUACUCUUUACUGAAGAGUGUACAGCCAGAUGCUGCCUCUCCCAUGCAUGGCCACAACUGGAUCAUUGUGUACAGUCGACCGGUCUACUUCUGCUUGUGCUGUGUGUUGAUCUGGAUUUUUGACCUAUCUGGGCGCUCUGGAAGUCUGCAGCCCUUUUCCCUCUAUGGUGUCACCUUCUUCUCUGCACACUUUAUGCUCUGUGUCAGGGAUAUGCUGAUUGUUUUUGCCUUGUGUUUCCCGGUCAUUUUCCUGUUUGGGUUGCUACCUCAGGUUAAUACUUUUGUGAUGUGUCUGCUGGAGCAGAUCGACAUGCACAUUUUUGGUGGAACUGCCACUACUAGCCCCCUGUCAUCUCUGUUUAGCCUCAUACGCAGCAUCUUGGUGGCUGCUCUGCUGUAUGGAUUCUGCCUUGGUGCAAUUAACGCCCCAUGGGGGGAUGCCCAUGUUCCAGUGCUGUUCUCUGUGUUUUGUGGCCUACUCUUGGCCUUAUCUUAUCACCUCAGCCGACAGAGCAGCGAUCCUACAAUUCUCUGGUCACUGGUCCGGUCUAAAUUAUUCCCAGAACUGGAAAACAGAAUACCAGAAGAACCCCCUGUAGAGAUCAAAGACCCUCUUCCCGAAAAACUGCGCAACUCUGUGAGGGAGAUUCUUCAUUCGGACCUUGUCAUGUGUCCCCUUAUGGCUGUCAUUACCUUCGCCAUCAGUGCCAGCACAGUUUUCAUUGCUCUCCAACCUGCUCUUAGCUUUGUCUUGUACAUUCUGGCCGGGGUUGUGGGCUUCAUUACACACUAUCUCCUGCCUCAGCUUCGCAAACAGCUGCCAUGGUUCUGCCUGGCUCACCCUGUGCUCCGCUCCAAAGAGUACAGUCAGUUUGAGGUCCGAGAUGCUGCUCAGUUGAUGUGGUUUGAGAAGCUGUAUGCGUGGCUUCAGUGUGUGGAGAAAUAUUUUAUCUACCCAGCUGUGGUGCUGAACUCCCUAACAACCGAAGCUCGGACAGUAGGCCAGAACCAUAAAGAGCUGGACAUCUACAGCCGAGCUCUCUUCAUCUCAGUAGCAGGCAUGAAGUUGCUGCGUUCGUCCUUCUGUACCCCAUCGCAGCAGUACGUCACGCUGUGCUUCACUACUCUUUUCUUUCACUUUGACUAUCCACACUUCUCGGAGACCUUCCUGAUCGACUACUACUUUAUGUCCAUUCUCUUCAGCAAGAUGUGGGACCUGCUGUACAAGCUGCGCUUUGUGUUGACUUACAUAGCUCCUUGGCAGAUCACGUGGGGAUCAGCCUUUCAUGCCUUUGCUCAGCCCUUUGCUGUGCCCCACUCUGCUGUGCUUUUUGUACAGGCCAUCUUUUCUGCCAUUUUUUCCACUCCCCUCAAUCCAGUUCUAGGUAGCGCUGUGUUUGUCACAUCAUACACUAGACCUGUAAAAUUCUGGGAACGAGACUACAACACAAAACGGGUCGAUCAUUCAAACACCAGACUCGCCACUCAGUUAGACCGCAACCCAGGUGCUGAUGACAACAAUUUGAACUCUAUUUUCUAUGAGCACUUGACACGAUCACUGCAGCACAGCCUGUGUGGAGACCUGCUGCUCGGACGCUGGGGGAACUACAGCACAGGCGACUGUUUCAUCCUUGCGUCUGACUACCUCAACGCUCUGGUGCACGUUAUUGAGAUUGGCAAUGGCCUGGUCACCUUCCAGCUGAGGGGUCUAGAGUUCAGAGGCACCUACUGUCAACAGAGGGAAGUAGAGGCAAUCACAGAGGGGGUAGAGGAGGAUGAGGGCUGUUGCUGCUGUGAGCCGGGUCAUCUGCCCCACAUGUUGUCUUUCAAUGCUGCUUUUGGACAGCGCUGGCUGGCCUGGGAGGUGGCUGCCACCAAAUAUGUACUGGAGGGUUACAGCAUCAGUGACAACAAUGCAGCCUCCAUGCUACAAGUUUUUGACCUUCGUAAGAUCCUCAUCACAUAUUAUGUCAAGAGCAUCAUCUACUACGUGAGUCGAUCUAUGAAGCUUGAAGAGUGGCUCACUAAUGAGACCAUUCAGGAGGCUCUACGACCUUGUCUUGGGCCUAACUACGUAGACAGUGACCCCACGUUCAACCUGAACAUUGAUGAAGACUAUGAUCACAGAGCCUCUGGCAUUACCCUCUCCUCAUUCUGUAUGGUUUACCUGGACUGGAUUCAGUAUUGUAACAACAGGCGUCAAACGCCAGUGACUUCCGAAAGAGACUCUCCACUUGUCAACCUCUGUUUUGGCCUGUGUAUUCUGGGAAGGAGAGCUCUGGGCACAGCUUCUCACAGUAUGUCAGCAAGCUUGGAGCCAUUUCUUUAUGGACUGCAUGCACUUUUCAAAGGAGACUUCCGCAUCACGUCUCCCAGGGAUGAAUGGGUGUUUGCAGAUAUGGACCUUCUGAAUCGGGUUGUGGCACCAGGAGUACGAAUGUCUCUCAAACUGCAUCAGGACCACUUUACAUCUCCAGAUGAGUAUGAGGAUCCUAUGGUUCUGUAUGAUGCCAUCACUGCCAACGAAGAGAAAAUGUUGAUAUCACAUGAAGGUGACCCUGUGUGGCGCAGUGCUAUUCUAGCAAAUAUGCCUUCGUUGCUUGCACUGCGCCACAUCAUGGAUGACGGCAGUGAUGAGUACAAGAUCAUCAUGCUCAACAAGAGGUUCCUCAGCUUCAGAGUCAUCAAGGUGAACAGAGAAUGUGUGCGUGGGCUGUGGGCAGGGCAGCAGCAGGAGCUGGUUUUCCUACGCAACCGUAACCCAGAACGAGGAAGCAUUCAAAACGCCAAACAGGCCUUGAGGAAUAUGAUUAACUCCUCAUGUGACCAGCCCAUUGGCUAUCCCAUCUAUGUGUCCCCCCUCACAACCUCAUAUGCUGGGGGACACAGCCAGCUGCGGUCUGUGUGGGGAGGGCCGGUCAGCCCACACAACAUUUACACCUGGCUUAUCAGUAGCUGGGACAGGUUGCAGAAAGGGUGUGGCGCUGGUUGUAACAGCGGAGGAAACAUUGAGGACUCAGAUUGUGGUGGUGGCUCUGCCUCCAUCUCCACUAACCCAGCCAUUCACACCACUCAGAGCACACCAGCCUCUAGCCUUCCCCAGCCACCCAUCACAACUGUCCAGCCCUCCUUGGGUACAGACAACCCUGUUGGUCCAACACAGAGCUGGCCUCACCACCCUCAACCGCUCCCUUUGGCCCUUUUUAGUCAGUCAGAAGGCAGAAUGGAGGCAAGCCUGCUCACAUCCCUACAGCGUACAUCCUCCAUCCAGGGGCUGUUGGGUCACCAGCUCUCAAGCUCCCAGCUCUCCUUCAGCAGCACUGUGGCUCCUCCACCUCUGCCAGGCCCAGAGCGCUUCUGCGGGGCAUCUCUCUUGGAGAACUCUGGACACAGAGUGGGCCAGCGGGCUGGCCUCAGCCAGGGCUCUGGACUACAUUAUGAGAGCCACUUCGGCAAGUGGAGUUUUUCAGGCAGAAAGGGCUUUAACGGACCGGCUGCUGUGGAGGGGGAGGGAGGGCCAAUACAGACUAUACGCACACAGCCCACUCCCCCUGUGCCACUACAAGAGGCCAGUCCAACACAAGAUCCUCUGGGAGCCACUCAGACCCUGGAUCCAACCUUGUUGUCUUCAGGAGACCCCCCCACCCCAAGAGAAGAAUCCACAGAGCUGCCUUUACUUGAUCACCUGCGCUGAGUCUGCCCUGGUGACAUUUUCUACAAUGAAAGCACACAGUGGACCAGACCAGGCCCACCCAGACUGGACUCAUUCCAGCCUUUCUAGACUCAUUCCAUCAACUCUCAUUAAACUAAUUCAGCGCAACCAUGAUUUGCUAAUUCUUUUAUGGCCCACUGCAAUACUGGCUGGAUCUGGGUAUAAAAAUAUCGUCCCUCAACGAGCCAGGAGUUCACCAUCUGAUAGCAUGCUGACCUAAUGCACGACAGACCAUGAGAUGAUUUUAGCCAACCUGUUUAUUCCAAAGUCAGGUUUCAACAUAAAGUUUGAUGAUGUCCUCACACUUAACUUUAUUUUCUGUCAAAAAGGCCAACAGUGUCUCUAUGGACAACCUUUUGGUUAUAAACAGUAGUGAAAGGCCAGUGCAAUUAUAAGGGAUAUUUUGCUUGAGGAUUGUCUAUUUUUCUAUACUGGAGAACGGAGGAUUGCCUCUGAACCCCCCCCCCCCCAUUGACAUGUGCAAAAGCAGUUAUUUUUUGCAUAACAGAUAAAAAAAAGGAUUGAUGUGUUACUGUACGAGCAAGUGAAGGACAUGUUGAAACCGUGAUAAGCCUUCUUUUGUUUCUUACCCCCAUCACACCAUCCUCACUGGCCAUACAGCUUAGUGUGAAUAUUUAACAGGACAUUUUGACAAAAUGUAGGAGCCUCCACUUAUCAACAUGUUUAAAGGAAGAAAAAAGAAAUGUGCACGCCCAUCCUUGUCCUCUGGCCCAUUUCCCGCAGAACUGCCAGACAUCAAGUUCUGUAUUGGAGCAAGUUUCAGGGAACAAAAUAAUUCCCCCCCAUCCGAGCCAACAACUGGUGCUUUAAUUGCUAAAGUGUAUUUAGGCUUGUGGUAAGACUUGAACCUGACCACCAACUUGGAGAUGUGGAACGACUUGGGACAGAGCUGGUUCCUAUCGAUCAGGAUGGCGCUGAGGCCAAUUCCAAUCUGUGAAAAUUGUGUUGAUCACAAAACUACAUACUGGGGGUGUUGAAAUGUCAAGCCUUUUUGUUUAGUGAGUGGAAUGUCUUUUUUUUUUUUUUUUUUUUUUUUUUACUUGAAAAAUCUCCAAGUCCCUCAGUGUUCAAGAUGCACUGAGUUUGUUUUCUUUGGAUAAAUGAUCAAUAACACCCUGUCUAGUCAGAUCGAGUCAACUCACAGGUUUCCAAAUAGCAGGGACCCAGGCUGCUUUGUGUGGGGAGCUGUGUUUUUCUUUGCUGGCUGAGUGCCCCCUCCCGUUACUAUACUACUGCUUCUGCAUCUCCUGCUACUACUAAUAACCCACUACUACUGCUGUUUCUACAACAGUUAAAUCCAGCGUUUUAGUUGGAAAUAAACAAAGCUGAAUAGAUACUGAGAGCAAAGGUGGAAUAUUUAUUUAAAAUUGUCUUACAGAUAUCUUUAACGGGGUUUAUCUAUAUGGUGUGCUGAUAUAUUGGAUUGGAAAUCUGCCUUCUGUCAGAUGUGUCCCCUCCCUCUCCCUUUCAUCAGUUUAUCAUCACAUUUGUAUCAUCUCACCAAUGGCUGUCCUUUGUCUUCUUUUUUUUUUUUUUUUUUUUUUUUUGUUUUAAGCUUGUUAUAUAACUGGAAGUUUUCCUGAGAAGUCACUUUAGGUUGGUUUCUUUCCACUCUUGCACUCUUUUUGACCACUGUGAAAAAACAAACACUGAGUGUUUCAGUGGGUUGUAGUCUUACAUAAAAAAAAAAAAAAAAUGAAGAAGCAGCAGCUGGCAAGCUCACUGAAAUUA